GCGCUCGACUCUCAAGUAGUCUGCGUUCGUGACUCGCGACGGCGCUACAAGGUUGCACUUGCCUUGAAAUUGUUUUGUUUUAUUGUCGUUUUGCAAGAUGCGUUUGCUUCGCUGGCACGUCCUGUUCUUAGGGGCAGCUGCCCUUCUGAUGGGAUCCUGCUUUGGCUCCUCCUCCCACUCUCUCAAGUAUUUCUACACUGCUGUGUCGGAGCCGGGGCAGGGGUUGCCCCAGUUCAUUGCUGUGGGGUACUUGAAUGAACAGCAGAUGAUUCUCUAUGACAGUGACACAAAGAGAGCCCGGCCUCAAGCUCCCUGGAUGAAGAAGGUGGGGGAGGAGGAUCCCCAGUACUGGGACACGCAGACGCAGGUCGCACAGGGCUCGGAGCAGGUGUUCAGAGUUGAUCUGAAUACUCUCAGGAAUCGCUACAACCAGAGUGGAGGGCUUCACAGCUUGCAGUGGAUGUACGGCUGCGAGGUGGGCGAAGACGGGCCCAGAGGAGGGUAUCUGCAGUAUGGCUACGACGGGAGGGACUUCCUCAGCUUGGACAAGGAGACCCUCACCUGGACGGCAGCCGACCUGGGAGCCCAAGUGACCAAGAGGAAGUGGGAGGCUGAGCCAGCCAUUGCCCAGGGGCAGAAGGCGUACCUGGAGGAGAUCUGCAUUGAGUGGCUGCGGAAGUACCUGGACUACGGGAAGGAGACGCUGCUGAGGAGAGAGCCCCCAGCAGUGAAGGUGACACGCAAGGCAGGCAGUGACGGCAUGGAGACCCACAUUUGCCAGGCCCACGGCUUCUACCCCAAGGAGAUCGACAUCGACUGGACGAAGGACGGGGAAGUCUGGACUGAGGACACGCUCCGUGAGAGUGUCAGCCCCAACUCGGAUGGGACCUACCACACCUGGCUCAGCAUUAAGAUGGACCCCAAGGACAGAGACCGCUACCGGUGCCGCAUAAGGCACGACAGCCUGGAGAAGCCUGGGGACUUCGUCUGGGAGGACUCUGCCUCUCUGCCUGUGGGAGUCAUUGUGGGGGCCAUCUUGGCAGUGGCAGCUGCUGUUCUGUUGGUGACUGGCAUCGUCCUCUACAUCAAGAAACGACAAAAGAGAGACUACAAAGCAGCACCAGCAAGUGACAAGGGAUCCAACAGCUCUGCCACAGCUUGAUCUCCUGCUGGUGUGUGAGGAGGGAGCAGAAAGAACCCACUGAAGGCUUGCUGUGAAUGACGUUGGCUAAGAGCUCCUGCCAGUCCCGGACCCCCCACCCAAUUCUGCAUCUGGCCCAGCUCCAGCAUCCCACCUCCAGCCAGCAGAGCGAUGUUGAAUUCCGAGAAUGUCUUUCAGAGGAGUUUGGGCUAAACUUUCAGCUGAUUUGGAAAUGUGUCUGUCUUGAUCAGAAGUGUGCCAACUAUUUGCAACUUAAAACUUUUAUAGGGUGUUAAAAAAAUUAAGAUAGUUCAUGUAUGAUUUGUGCUCAAUUAAGUAUGCCAUUUUGAUCUUAACCUAUAGCUUGUUUCCUGCUGUGGUCCCCCCCACCCCACCCCCUUCCAAAUCAUGUCAUUCUUUUGCCUUCCAAACUAAAUUAAAAGCAAAUAAGCAUCUUGGGAUAGUUUCAGGUACAUUGUACAUGAAGUUUAGGGACAGGGGAAAGGAGGCAGGAAGGAGGAAUGCUUAGCAGGUAGAGAAGAUUAUGCUCUGAACCUGAAAGAGAAGACAGCCUGAACUUAGGGUGACUGCAGGAACAUGGAUAGACUCUUAGGAUUGAGUCAGAGUCAGAUUUGGAGCCUUACCAGUCAUCUCAAAAGAACCACCCACUGGAGCAGGGGGUGUGGGAGUUUUCAUGUCUCUAUUGCUCAAGAACCAGGCCCCAAUUCCACAGCAGAUGAGCAAAGGCAACCCCCUCCCUCUCCAGAGCACUGCUGCCAAUGCACCCAAUUAAAGUGGAGAAGGGCCCAUUUAGCAUCUCAGGGGCUUCCUCUCUGUUUCGUGCCCCAUGACUUCUGAAGUUAUGCCAGAGGUGAGGCUUGUUUUACAUCCUCCUUUGCUGUGUUAAGGAGCAGUGGAGCCAGAGAGUAUUGAAGCCUCCUAGUGGGAGGCUGAGGGUUGUUGGAACAGCCCUCUCCAGAGUCCCAUCUCCCACCACCCCCAUCAAUGGCUUGAAAGACUCCAGCUUUGCAGGCUGGUUCUCAGAGCUCUCGGGCUUGCCAAGGACAAGCCAUUACCAGGAUCUGGACCUCAGCCCUGUCUGUGCCUCUUGGCUGCAAGCCCCGUGCUUGAGCCAUCAGGCAGAGAGGGCCGUUCGCAGAUUUGCAAGGACUGGAAGGAAGGAAGGAGAGGGUGGAACAAAGGAAGCUGCUGCCAUAUACUGAGUCAGACAAUAGGUCCAUCUAGCUCAACCAUUAUCUACGAUGGUGGAGAGGAGAAGAGAAAGAGGCAGGCUGUAGCCUGGAGAGGGGUGGAGAUCCCAUACAGAAGGCAGGAUGGACUUGUCAGAGUUUUGGCUGCAGGUCUCCAGCAUAUGUAGAUCCUUGUAUGAUCCUCGGGAAGAGACCCACCAAGAAGUUUCCUGUGUUCAUUCUGCCUAGCUAGUCUCGUUGACUUCAGUUGACAAUGACUGAGUGUGCCUUUCUGCUUGCAUUCUUUUAAAAACAGAUUUCCCGCCAAUAUCUCCUCUGUCCAUUAAAUGAGUUUGAUGAAUAGCCUUUUGUGUUGGAAGGAUCACCCUGAAAUGAACCUGAGCAUCUUCCAGGUGCCACAGGAGGACUCUUUCUGGUCUAGCUAAUGUAUAUAUCUACAUUUUGGACUGAACAUGAUAGUUGUAAUUUUCCUGGAAUCUCUGUUUGACAAUAAAUGACUGGUGGAUUAUCCCCA